CGAGUGGUGAAGUGGAGAUCGGCGGGGCUCGACAACUCCAGUGUUUGCCGCCCUUUUUUGUUGCUAAGCGUUUCAGAGCAUUUCCGUCAUAUUUUCCCCUUAGAUCUCCUGGUUACAUUGAUUGAUUUAUCAAGGUAAAUUUGCGUUGCACUGGGGAAAGUUAAUCGAAUCAACAACGUGUCAUGGGGUGUCACAGAAAUCGUCGAUUGUGAAAAUACUUGAAUGACUUUGCGGUGAUCUAUUACUUUAUUCACAUCGGUGGAAAGACGGUCAAUAUUUCAUUUACGGUAUGACGCAAAAUUUCAAAAGGACUUUCUUGAUUAUUUCGAUUGGAUGAUUUGGAAACACUAGUCGUAUCAACGUUUUGUCACGGGGAGUCACAGAGUUUAAAUCUACGGCUAUCUAGUAUUUUCUCAUAUCAGUGGAAAGAAAUUCAUUGUUGAACUUGCGCUGUUACCCAAAAUUUCAAAAUCAAUUUCUUGAGUGUUAUGAUUAGUUGAUAAUGAAACUCGUCAACUUUUCGUAAUUUUUGUGCACAAAGACCAAAUGUGAACUAAAAUACUCGACAGUGUCUUUAAGACUACGUGCUCCCCUUCCAAAUGGAACCAGAAUUAAAACCUGGGGAAAAAGAAGAUGAAGUUGGCUGUUCAUGCAAGCAAGUUGCAGACUGGGUGAGGAAUGACAGCAAGAAAUAUUUGGGCAAUAUCGCCCUCUUGACGGCUGUAAUGCUUUACACUUGCUUGGGAGCAAAGAUAUUCCAGGCGCUUGAAUUUGACGUGGAGAGAGAUAAUCUGAUAUCUGCGAAAGAGGAACUCGACCAGUCACGACACAAGUUUGUUAAACAAAUGCUCGAUUUGUUGGAAACAUCGAAAGCGACGAGGGAUUACUCGUUUCAACCAGACAUCUUCAAGGAAGAAACUGUUGGAAGUAUAAGCAACUCCACAACGCCUGAACAGGACACCCGGAGUGACUGGAUACUCCAGCACCUGAAGAAGUACGAACAUGCCGUCAAGAAGAGUCUAGAGGAAGGAGUGUCUCUAGAUGACAAACCAAUCGUUGGAAGGUGGCAGUACACGCAGAGUUUCUUCUUCAGUGCCACGGUGCUCACGACUGUUGGGUAUGGCAACAUCGCACCUUCAACGGCGGGAGGGAGAAUCUUUUGCAUGAUCUUUGCCCUAAUUGGAAUACCGUUAACUCUGAGUGGCAUCGCUGUCAUUGGCGACAUACUGGCUUCUGUUUUGCCCCUCAAAACUCUCCGGCGUCUUUUGCCUGAAUGCAUUCGAGCUCCUCUCCUGAAAUGGUUCGGCAGUGGCAAGGGCCAGGCAGUGGCGAUGGUCCUGGGAGCCGUGGCAAGCCUUCUGGCCUUCAUAGCCUUGGGCGGCGCCUUCUUCAUGUGGCGUGAAGACUGGACGUUCAUGGAGUCCAUUUACUUCUGCUUCAUCUCCACCACCACCAUAGGAUUCGGAGAUCUCGUUCCUGAAGACGUGUUUUUCUGCACGAUCUACGUGUUGGUUGGACUGUCACUCACUUCAACCGUCAUCGAACUGGUUCGUCGACAGUACGCCACCUCGUGGGACCACAUGAAGCAACUUUCUACUCGACUGCACACCCUCUCUGGGCCGCUGGCCGAAGCCAUGAGAAGAAUGGCGGAAACAGGAGCUGGGACGGUCGACAUGGAUAUGGAACUGGUGAGGGAGUUACGGGACCUCAACGUGGCACUUGCCAAGGUACAUGAAGAGGAGGACAGCUCAGAUGCCCAUGUUGGUCCUGCUGAAGAUCCUUGGACAACCCUCUUAAACAUGGCUGCCAAGAAGAAAAGGAUAACUGUCGUUAUGUACGAAAGCAAUGUCUAGGCGUUCUGUGAA